GUCCAAUUUGUAAGAUGAUUUUAGUUGCUUUGUAUUAUUGUUUGUUGCUUUGCUUUGUAUUAGAAGUAUAAAAGUGGAUUCUCUUGAAAAAAAACCGUAAAUAUAAUAAAUCGGAGCCUCGUGAAAGAUGGCAGUUAUACCAAUUUUCACAGUAUUGUUAAUGAUGACUGCAGUGAAAGAAAUAGCGCCUUCUUCCGACGCUAUGAGGCAUAUUGCAAACGGCUUCCUUAAAGUCUUGGAUCAGUGUAAACAUGAGCUAGGCCUCACCGAUCAAAUUGUAGUUGACCUGUAUCAGUUCUGGAAACUGCAAUAUGCACUUUUGAACCGUGAUACAGGGUGUGCCAUAAUCUGUAUGAGCAAAAAACUGGAUCUGUUAGACGGAACUGGACGCAUGCACCACGGGAACACCCAGGAGUUUGCCGUAAGCCAUGGCGCCACUGACGAGGUAGCAUCCAAAGUGGUGGUGAUCAUCCGUGACUGCGAGAAACAGCAGGAAGGCGAGCAGGACGACUGUGUUCGGGUCCUGGAGGUGGCCAAGUGCUUCCGCACUGCUAUCCACGAGCUGAACUGGGCUCCGAACAUGGAAGUCGUCGUCGACGAACUCCUCACUGAGAUAUGAUGGAUGAAGUUAAAAAAUAUUAGAUUAUAGAGCUGUUAAUAAAAUCUUUUACAAAUAA